GAUGUAUCCGCCGCUUCGCCGGGCGCGCCACUUCCGCAGUGGGUAUCAACAACUAUGGCGAAGACGUACGACUAUUUGUUUAAACUACUAUUGAUCGGUGACUCCGGGGUCGGAAAGACGUGCGUCCUGUUCAGGUUCUCCGAGGACGCCUUCAAUUCUACCUUCAUAUCGACCAUAGGCAUAGACUUUAAGAUAAGGACAAUAGAGCUCGACGACAAGAAGAUCAAGUUGCAGAUAUGGGAUACAGCUGGCCAGGAGCGCUUCCGAACAAUCACGACGGCCUACUACAGAGGAGCAAUGGGAAUCAUGCUGGUCUACGACAUCACCAACGAGAAGUCUUUUGAAAACAUCAAAAACUGGAUACGCAACAUAGAGGAGCAUGCAUCGUCUGACGUCGAAAAGAUGGUUCUCGGCAAUAAAUGUGACAUCAAUGACAAGCGGCAGGUGUCCAGGGACAGGGGGGAGAAGCUUGCUUUGGAGUAUGGCAUCAAGUUCAUGGAGACGAGCGCGAAGGCCAACAUCAAUGUGGAGACUGCUUUUUUGACACUUGCCAGGGACAUCAAAUCCAAAAUGGACACCAAAACGGAGGGGAACGUGCCGCAGGGGAGCAGCCAAGGAGUGAAAAUUCUGGAGCCAAGGAAAAAGAGCAGCUUCUUCCACUGCAGCAUCCUCUGAGGACCACCGUGGCCUUUUUUUACCGAAGAACCCCCUCGAGCCCAAAUAAGACUGUUCCUUGCUUGAGAGCACUUGUUUUCGUUUCCUCUCCUCCUUCCCAGUCUGCACAAAAGCAUCAUCGUCUCUUCUGAGAACUUCCGGCCGGACAAUCUCCUCCGUUUACAAGAAAUCUCCUAUGACCGAGGGGUCACUCGGAGGAGGACAACAGCGAGGAGAUGUCGCACAAAUAACAGGCUUGUACUGCUGUUUUUUUCCCCGGUUUUUCUUCUUCAUCAUACUUCACCUGGGCGCCUGAGAAGGAGGGUUACUUCUUUGAGCACUUUUUUUUUUUUUUAUAAGGGGUUGGGGGGGGGUGGGGGGGGCGCACCUAUCUGCCAGAAACUGAGAAGCUUGAAACUCAGUCAAACUGGAUCGUUUGGCAAAACCAGGUUUUCAUUCACUAGUCUGACAAUUUGGCACAAAGUGGCCGUGUUUGGGUCAUUCUGGUGAAAAUUGAAUGUCGGUACCAAUGACCUCAAAACCAGUUCGACUUGCCUACCUACCAAAUUCCGUGUUGGUGUCAUGAAUGCAUCCAGAAAAAAGUUUUGAGAACCUAAUAUUUUCGGGUCCCGUUAGCUAUUUAGUGAUCCAUCAGAAAGCAAAAAUGUUUUCGGGAUUGUCCCAACCAAAUUUGAACCACACGUACUGUAGACGGAUGGGCGGGAUUAAUUCCUGAAAAGAAUUAAAUUUUCACCAUAAUUUAAUUUCAAUCUAGAGCUUUUUAUUAUUUAUUUGGUAUUGUUUUCCCGUUUAUUUGACAAUCUUCUGGACCGGCUGGUCUAAGAUUGGCUCUUUCACACGGUGAUAACCCGCAUCAGAGCCUGAACGGACUUUUUCCGAACCUGUGCAGUGGGUGGUGUGACUGUCGUUAGUCGCUACCUCCGAAGUUUGAAAACGGCUCUGUCGAAAAUAGCAACUUGUACAGGCCGUGUGAAAGGGGCCGUUUAGCUUUAUCAACAUAAAUUCUUGCCUUUGGGGGAAUAUUAGCCAACUUCUAAAAAUGUACGAACAACGAUUCUGAUUUGAUAGUGUCAAGCAUAAAAUGGCGUUUCUGGCAAUUUGAACAACGACAAAAAAAAACCCUCCCAUCUUGUCUUUUUUCAGCUUUCCUCGCACUUUACCUGAAACUCCAUUAGUCAUUUCCGUGGCGUCAUAUUAGCAUAUUUGGUCGAAUACUUCUUCAAACUGACGUGUGAGAAACCCAGUGCAGUAUUUGGCUGACAAUCUCAUUUUGAUUUCCGCCUCAUCUAUUUAUACAAAGCUCUCUUUUCUAUGGUGUUAUUUUUAAUAAAUUACAAAAAAAUGAUGAAUAAAUAAGUAUCCGAAGACAUAUUUAGUGUACUAUUUGGGCAAAAAUCCCAAUCACUCAUAGCCAGUAUUUUAAAGACGUACUUAUUAGGUGUUUAAAUGCAGUCGAAGACGGUAGCUCUGCAUAUCUAGUUUUUAUUUUGUGCUUCCAUUAACGUUAGAGCUGCUUUUGGAAGCCUUUUACAUGUACCUAUAUUAACAGUCUUGUUUUUUUUGUGCUCCAUUCCUUUUAUUUUCUCAACAUAUCAACAGACUUUGAACACGCACACGUCUCCUCCCUGCAUUCCGCGGUUAUGUGUUGUGAUUCUUUGCGUGUGUAAGUGAGACAAAGUGAGUGCUCUUUAAUAAUGAUCGCUUUGUUCAGCAUUGAGCCAAAAAAAAAAUAAUGGGACACUUUAUAAAUAAAAAAAAGAUAAAUAGAUGACUAAAUAAUUCUACAUCAAUGCAAAACACAGCAGGAAGUUCUUAGUGAUGCCUUAGUAUCACUUGUAUUAGUAUAACAUUUUUUGAAAUCUUAGUCUCUACACAAUAUUAUUAAGGCUAGGUUGACUAGAAAAUAAUUACAUGACCAAAAAAAUGCAGAAAUUAAAGCUGUACUUUUUUUUUUUUUUUUUUACUAAACAAGAUAAAGGGGCACAACUUGAUAGUUAAGAACUGACAAUAUUUUCCUUCCAAAAUACCAAAAAAAUAAAAAUAAAUGACUACAUUUGAGGGGAAAUUGACAUUAUUCUCAAUCCUACUUUUUUAUUCUGAUACAAUAUAACUUUAGUUUCAUAAAAUGGAGCCUUCAUUUGUUCAAAGAUCAGGCUUUAGUUUAACAGGAUUACAUUUUAUCCCAAAAGAAAUUAAAUCUGGGAAAAAAAAAUCCAGAAACCGACAUUACUCUCAUAAAAGUGCAGUUGCAAACCCCGUAAUCUCUUUCAGGAAUGAAAAUCUGAAUUUAUCUAAAUGAUCUAAAACUUUUUUCAACCCUGAAAUAAAUUUAGACUUAUUAUAUUAAAAUAAUCUUUUUUUCCCCCUUUCCAGUGUAGCCCGAAUACUCGUUGGGUAAUGUCUCCGCUCAUACUGGUGUUUUAUUGAGACAUGCAAUAUUAUCGUGUGCUAUGAACCACACAUCCUGCGUGAACAGGUUAAAGAUGGCAAUUUUUUUUUAAUCUGACUGUAUUUUUACCGAGAUUUUCACAUACAUUUCAUACAUGAAGUACAUAACAGUGAAUAUUUUAUUGAGAUCUCCAUAUUGUACUGUACUUUUUACUUCCAGUGUGAAGAUGUGUAUCUGCAGUUUGUAAAGGUGUCUACUUUUUUUUUUGGGAUGAAUAAAAAAAACUAAACAACAAGGAAAGUAAUCAUAAUGCUUUAU